CGCCAUCUCGCCAGGAAGCAACUUCACAUCAUACACGACAACAACCGGACUCCCUCAAAACUUGACAAUGGCUCAAGGCAAGCAAUUUUCAGCGUUGGUGCUCAUCGCCGAUGGCUCCGAGGAAGUUGAGACGGUCACCCCUCUCGAUGUCUUGGUAAGAGCCGGAUUCACAACAGUCAAAUCUGUGGGUGUCAACCUUAAGAAUCCUCUUUACGCCCAAUGCUCCCGCGGAAUCAAAAUUAUCCCGGACAUUCCCUCGCCGCAUGAGAUUCCCGAUCGUCUAGUCGAUGCAGCAGACAUUCUGAUCCUUCCUGGAGGUGCACCAGGAGCAAAGACUUUCUGCGAAAGCGAGGAAGUCUUACGUCUAGUUCGCGAGUUUCGCAACGAAGGAAAAUGGGUUGCGGCGAUAUGUGCUGGAACCACGGCCCUCAUUGAGAGCGUCAAGUCGCCACGUGCCGAGGGCGAGGCUGCUAAGAAGUGCAGGGUCACAUCACACCCAUCGGUGAAGCAGGAAAUUGUAGAUGCUGGUUGGACGUAUGCUGAUGACAGCGAGAGGGUCGUACUUGAUGGGAAGAUCAUUACGAGUCGAGGUCCAGGUACCGCAUUGCUGUUCUCGCUUACCAUUGUUGAGCAAUUGGCCGGAAAGGCGAAGAGAGAGGAGAUUCAAGGACCAAUGAUCUGUGCCGAGACUCUAUAAAGCAAUGGCGUACACCAAUGAAGGACUGCACAUGUAAACGCCCUUCCCAUGUGUAGAACAUUGUCACAUCCACUCUCUUGAAUCAUCAUAGUAGAGCAACAACGAGCUGUAGACAGGCACACUUAUAUCUCGUAGCGAGGGAUCUAGCGCACGAAGUCGGUGACACAAGGUAUUUCGAUCACACUGCUGCUAGUUGGGAAAUUAUCGUGCCUGGAGGCAGCUACAAGUUUGACAAUGUCUCGCUAACGGGGAGGACACGAUACCUACCUUUACGUGGUCACCGUGAUGGUGACCUCCAGUGUAGUAGGAUAGCCGGACAGUAUGGGAGAAGUAAUG